UGGGCGUAGAGUAUCAUUUCAAAAAACAUUUAACAAGAAAAAGCGAAGAAAAUAAAUUUAAAAAAAGAAAAGAAAAGAAAGGAAAAAGUCAGGUGGACGUUGGUUGAACGACUCCCUCAAACCUCUUUACAUCAUUACAUUAUUAUAUUUAUCGAAAUUGGGAGUUAGGGUUCGAAAAAUCAUUGCAGGAAAUCCUUUCAAUUGCAGCCCAUAUGCGGCGGUUCAUGGCAACUCCGCUCCACAUCUUAACCGUCCUCCUUCUCUUCUUCUGUUUCUGUGCACGGAUCGCGCAAUCAGUGCCGGAUAAUUUGGGAUCCAUCCGUUUACCUUCCGAUGGAUUUACCAACUCCGGUGAAAACGAAGGCGUCUGCGCACGAUUCACGAAGCCGGCUUCGUGUCCGGUGAAUUGCUUCCGAACGGAGCCCGUUUGCGGCGUUGAUGGCGUCACCUACUGGUGCGGUUGCGCCGAUGCCAUAUGUGCUGGUACUCGCGUGGCGAAAUUAGGGUUUUGUGAGGUUGGGAAUGGAGGUAGCGCUUCGUUUCCUGGUCAAGCGCUGCUUUUGGUUCACAUUGUCUGGCUGGUCUUGCUCGGAUUUUCUGUAUUGUGUGGUCUUUUCUAAUUAUUCAAAGGAGAAAGAUUUUGUGUCUUUCUUGGAUUCGAUCUGUAUUUCUCUUGUCUACUAUUUCUUAUACGUAUUGUUGUAAAUGAAAUUCUUUGGAUUAAUAUACCAAUUUGA